AUGGAGUCUGUCAGCAGAAGCAGCUUCCAGCCCCAUCCCGGACUGCAGAAGACCUUGGAGCAGUUUCACCUGAGCUCCAUGAGCUCCCUGGGCGGCCCGGCCGCCUUCUCCGCCCGCUGGGCGCAGGAGAUGUACAAGAAGGACCAUGGCAAAGAUCCCGCGGAGCCUGUCCUCCACCUGCCCCCUAUCCCCCCCCCGCCGGUCAUGCCGGGCCCCUUCUUCAUGCCCUCGGACCGGUCCACGGAGCGGUGCGAGACCAUCCUGGAAGGGGAGACCAUCUCCUGCUUCGUGGUGGGGGGCGAGAAGCGGCUGUGCCUGCCCCAGAUCCUGAACUCGGUGCUCCGGGACUUCUCGCUGCAGCAGAUCAACUCGGUGUGCGACGAGCUGCACAUCUACUGCUCCCGCUGCACGGCCGACCAGCUGGAGAUCCUGAAAGUCAUGGGCAUCCUGCCCUUCUCGGCCCCGUCCUGCGGCCUCAUCACCAAGACAGACGCCGAGCGGCUCUGCAACGCCUUGCUCUACGGGGGCACCUACCCGCCCCACUGCAAGAAGGAGUUCUCCAGCACCCUCGAGCUGGAGCUCACGGAGAAGAGCUUCAAGGUGUACCACGAGUGCUUCGGGAAGUGCAAGGGACUGCUGGUGCCCGAGCUGUACACCAACCCCAGCGCUGCCUGCAUCCAGUGCUUGGACUGCAGGCUCAUGUACCCGCCUCACAAAUUUGUGGUCCACUCUCAUAAAUCCCUGGAGAACAGGACUUGCCACUGGGGCUUUGACUCGGCUAACUGGAGGGCCUAUAUCCUUCUCAGCCAGGAUUACACCGGGAAAGAGGAGAAAGCCAGGCUGGGCCAGUUCUUGGAUGAGAUGAAAGAGAAAUUCGACUACAGUAACAAAUACAAAAGAAAAGCACCCAGGGUCUCUUCAGAUCCUCCUGCUUCCAAAAAGCCCAAAAUUGAUGACUCUGCUUCCCAAUCUCCAACUUCUGCUGAGAAGGAAAAGCAAUCCAGUUGGUUGCGGUCCUUGUCUGGUUCAUCCAAUAAGAGCAUUGGUUGUGUCCAUCCCCGUCAGCGCCUCUCUGCUUUCCGGCCUUGGUCCCCCGCGGUUUCAGCAAAUGAGAAAGAGCUCUCCACACAUCUUCCCAUGUUGAUCCGAGACAGUUUUUACUCCUACAAAAGUUUCGAGACUUCUGUGGCCCCCAACGUGGCUCUCGCUCCUCCUGCUCAGCAGAAGAUUGUAAGCAAUUCCCCAUGUGCCACGGUGGUGUCACGGAACAGUGAACCACUGAGCAGCCCGGUCCAGCCCCGGAAAAGGAAGCUGACUGCAGACAACCCAGCCGUCCUGGAAGCCGCAGCCACUGUCACUGCUACCGAAGAGGACAAAGAAUCAGAAGCAGAGAUUGAAGUAGAAACCCGGGAGGAAUUCACCUCGUCCCUGUCCUCGCUCUCUUCCCCAUCCUUUACUUCGUCCAGCUCUGCGAAGGACAUGAGCUCCCCUGGAAUGCAAACCACGGCCAUCAUCAGCAACUCUUUUGAGGUUGCCGCCCAUGCUGAGUCUCACAACAGCGGCUUGGAAGCUGAACUGGAGCAUCUAAGGCAGGCCCUGGACAGUGGCCUGGAUACUAAAGAAGCCAAAGAGAAAUUCCUCCAUGAAGUGGUUAAGAUGAGGGUGAAGCAGGAAGAGAAGCUAAACGCUGCCUUGCAGGCUAAACGCAGCUUGCACCAGGAACUAGAGUUCCUGCGCGUGGCAAAGAAGGAGAAGCUGAGAGAGGCCACCGAGGCAAAGCGCAACUUGAGGAAAGAGAUCGAACGUCUUAGAGCUGAGAACGAGAAGAAAAUGAAAGAAGCCAAUGAGUCACGGAUACGACUAAAGCGGGAACUGGAGCAAGCCAGGCAGAUCCGGGUGUGCGACAAAGGAUGUGAAGCAGGCAGGCUGCGGGCCAAGUACUCUGCCCAGAUUGAGGACCUACAAGUCAAGCUUCAGCAUGCCGAGGCUGACAGGGAACAGCUCCGAGCUGACCUGCUGCAUGAGAGGGAGGCUCGGGAACACUUGGAAAAAGUGGUCAAGGAACUUCAGGAACAACUGUGGCCUAAAUCAAGCACUCAUGCCAGCAGUGAGAACACAGCAAACGACAUUGAGAACUAAACAAACACCACGUCAUCUAAUCCAGAUACAGAAUGACAUAUAUGCACAGUAAGGGAGGAUGUGUGGGGUGUGUGUGAACCUGCAUGUGUGAGUGGGUGUGUGCGGCUCUGCACACAUUUAUAAAUACGGACUUUAUUAUUAGUUGGAGGGCAAAUGUUACUCUUUACAACAGAAGCACUGACUUACACCUCUUUUUUCAAUCCAUAUAGCACAACAUCUUACUGUGCCUAUAACACACAGAGUGUUUAUAAACUAAAUACUUUUCAGUCCACUGCAAAUUUUCUACUGGCAAACUUCAAGGAAGCAGCAUCGUCCAACUCAAACCAGAGUCUAUGGCAAGCAACCAUGGCAGUGCGUUUACGUUGUCCUUGUGCUUGCUGGGACACUUUGAAAUUCAAACAAACAAAAAAACCCAACAAACUUUUUGUUAUAAGCUAUUUAAAAUGAUGACCUUAUACAGACUUGGUAUUAAAACAAUUAAUGAGAUUUUUUUUAAUAACAAACCUUUAAAAGCAAAACAAAAGAAUAAAAAAGAAACCCUUGAUGCACAAUUUUUAAACGACUUGUUACGGGCUUUGGGAUUCUUACUGUAGGAGCCCUAUGGUGAUGUUGCCAUUUCAUCAGCAAUUUUCCGCCCCUUAGGAAGCCAUCACAGUUUUAAUACUGUCAUGUGGUUCUAUGAGAAUUUCAGAGUGCUUUUCAAAAGUUGAUUUUUUUCUUUGUCCAAACGAUCCUCAUUUUCCUCUGCUAAACCCAUGAAGAAAGGAGGAUGGAGGGGAGUGCAUGUGUGGAGAGAGUGUAUGCUCGAGAGAGACAAACCCAGCCUUAUUGACUUCAGUGUUUGUAAAUCACGCCAAAAUCUUUAAAGUUAUCUGUCAUUAACUGAUGUGUUCAAAAGACUCGCUUCAUCCAUGAACACUUCAGUUUUAGGAAAAGAAUGGAAGAAGAAAUAAAAGCAAGGAAGAAGGUGGAUGAACUUAAGUUGGUUGAAAGAUAAGCAAAAAAAAAAAAAAAAAAAGAGAGAGACAUGCAUUUUGAAGUCAUUCUGAAAUCUUUACUUCAGCUUUCAGUUUUCCAGAGAACUUGUCUUUGUUACACAAUCUUUUCAUGAAUUCAGUAUUGAUUUACCUACUCGGCAAUGUCUGUCAGGAUUACUGUGCCCGAGGAGAGUGCAACACCCGAUACUACAGAAAACUAAGAACGAUACUUUUGCUGCUGUGAAUAAGGCUACAUCUUUUAUUUUUUUUAAACAAUAAAAAUUACUUUAAUUUUGGGAUCCAAGCCGCAACCCUGGAAUAAAAAUGCAGCAUUACAUCACUUUUGUCUUUUUUAUUAUUAUUUUUAUUAUUAUUUUUAAAAGAACUGCACUUUGUCAAAAU